GCCAGAGCGAAGGCGAGGGCUGGGCUCCGCGGGGACCGCACCUGUGUAGGUGACUCGUGCUGUGGGUGCUGCUGAGUGAGCCGCUGUCCGCUGCCGCUGGCGGUUCUCGGCGGCGUUUCCCGCAAACCUUCGGCCUCGGGAGCCCUUCCACCACGAGGCUGCGCGGUUGCUGUCCCUGAUCCUGGUGCGCGCGUUUCUUUCUCGCAAGUUUUUUUGUUGCUGUUGUUUUUACAUGUCUGUUUUCUUCAAAAUGAAUAUUAGUGUCACUUUAAGACCUUUUGCCAUGUGUUUGGUACCUUUUACCCUUCCUAAGAAGAGAAAUUUAUAUUCAACAAUUCUGCAGAGAUACAUGUCUUCCAAAAUACCAGCUGUGUCUCAUCCUACUAGGGAAAGUACAUCCCCUCCUGAACAGCUAGAAUUGGAUGGGUGGAAAACUACAAUGAAAUCUGGCAUGCAAAAAGAAGAUGUUUCCACAGUCCCAAGCAGCAAGGAUGAAGACACGCUAGCUGCCAACAGAGAAUUAAUCGAGAUGUGGAGAUUGCUUGGGAAAAGUGUACCAGAACACAUCACUGAAGAACAGCUCAAGACCAUCAUGGAAUGUGCCUCUAAGUCAUCCAAAAAAAAAUACUUAAAAUAUUUGUUUAUUAAAGAAAAUCUAAAGAAAGCUAAGCAAAUCAAAAAGGAAAGAAAAGCAGCAGCAAGGGAAGAAGCACAAAAGGCCAAGCUGUUAGAAACCACUGAGGAAGAUAAAGAGCAAAGCUUUCUAUUUCUUCGACUUUGGGACAGGCAGAAGGACAUUGCAAUGGGGUGGAAGGGUGCCCAGGCUAUGCAGUUUGGACAGCCUUUGGUUUUUGAUAUGAGUUAUGAUAAUUACAUGAACCCAAAGGAGCUGCAAAAUACUAUUUCCCAACUUCUGGAAAGUGAAGGAAGCAACAGAAGAGAUGUUGACCCUUUUCAUCUUUACUUCUGCAACCUUAAAAUAGACGGUGCUUACCACAGACAGUUAGUUAGGCAUUACAGAGAAAGAUGGAACAAACUGCUUUUAACAACAACAGAAAAGUCUUAUGUAGAUGUAUUUCCAAAGGACAGUAUUAUAUAUUUAACUGCAGAUUCUCCCAAUGUUAUGACUACUUACAAACAUGACAAAAUUUAUGUGAUUGGGUCCUUUGUUGAUAAAAAGAUGCAGCCAGGUGCCUCUCUAGCUAGAGCAAAGCAGUUAAACCUGGCAACAGAAUGCCUUCCAUUAGAUAAAUACUUACAGUGGGACACUGGUAACAAAAAUCUUACCUUAGAUCAAAUGAUGCGGAUUUUGUUAUGUCUGAAAAACACUGGUAAUUGGGAAGAGGCUCUGAAGUUUGUUCCCAGUAGAAAACAUACUGGUUAUCUAGACAUUUCUGAGCAUUCUCUAGAGUUCCUUAACAGAUUGAAGAAGGCAAAGACUCUUAACUCAUCUCCAAAGCAUACUUUAAGUAGACAUGGAAAAGUUGGUAUAAAUGAGAAAAUUUGAUAGCUUAAAAAUAAAUGGAGUGAAACAAUAGUUCUAUUUUUUAAUGGAAAUAUAGUUCUAUUAGCCUAUUUCUAAAUGGAACACAUUUUCUGUCUUUGAAAGGUAGUCUUUCCAAACUAAGUCUUUGUCCAGUUACUUAAAUCCUAUAGAACUUUGAGAAUGUAUUUUGUUUAUUAUAGACAAACAAAUUAUCCAUGUUGAUGUAAUGGAAGAAUCUUUACAUGAGGCCAAUAAAACACUUGUACCAUUGGUGUGA